AUGGAACUGGCCAAUGAGACCAGAGUUCAGGAAUUCGUUUUGCUGGGGUUUGGAGUCGGGCAACAGGGACGGCUUCUGCUCCUCAUCUUCUUUGGCAUUCUCUAUGUGAUCACGUUGGCUGAGAACUUCACCAUCAUUGCACUGGUAGUUCUAGACUCCCACUUGUCCCGGCUUCCCAUGUACAUCCUGCUGGGCAACUUCGCCUGGCUGGAGAUCUGUUUUGUGAGCAAUACUGCCCCCCGGAUGCUCUUUGACUUGGCAUCCCCUUAUGGGAUCAUUUCCUUCCGUGACUGCUUCCUGCAGUUCUACUUCUUCUUCUCCUUCGGUGUCACUGAAAAUUUCUUUCUCUCAGCCAUGGCCUUGGACCGAUACUUGGCCAUCUGUCAUCCCCUCUACUACCCACAAAUUAUGACUCCAGAGACCUGCCACAAUCUGGUGGUUGCUUGCUGGAUCUGUGGGUUCUUGGGAUAUCUUGUUCCAGUGCUUGUGGUCUCGAAGCUGACCUUCUGUGGUGCCAAUGUCAUUGACCAUUUUAUGUGUGACACUGGGCCACUUCUUUCCCUGGCCUGCCCUCCACUCGGAAUUGCCCCCCUUGUUUGCCAGAUUUUUGGGAGUUUUCUAAUUAUAGUCAAUGUGUUGUUCGCUCUAUUAUCCUAUGGCAGUGUGAUUUUCACCCUGAUGAGGCCCUCUUUUGAAGGCAGUCGUAGGAAGGCCUUCUCAACCAUUUCAUUCCACCUGGUAGUGGUGACACUUUUCUAUGGCCCUGUGGGAGGGAUGUACUUACUUCCAGAUGGAAAACAUCAGUCAAAUGUUACAAAGAUUGUAACACUCUUUUACACUUCUCUCACACCCUUCCUGAACCCUAUGAUUUACUGUCUGAGGAAUGAUCAGGUAAAGGAAGCAGUGGGCAGGUUGCAGAGGAGAAAGGCGAGAUGCUGGAGAAGAAAGGUGUUGAUGUAA